CUAGAGAGGUGAAGCUUCCUCCGCCGUCAGUCUAGUCAGACCCCAGAGUGAAACUCCUCUUGCAUCACCUCACCAACUCCAACACCAUGUCCAAGAUCGGUAUCAACGGAUUCGGCCGUAUCGGUCGCCUGGUGCUUCGUGCUGCCCUGCAGUCAGGUGCCGAGGUUGUGGCUGUGAAUGACCCCUUCAUUGCCCUGGACUAUAUGGUGUACAUGUUCAAGUAUGACUCCACCCAUGGCAUGUACAAGGGUGAGGUGAAGGCAGAGGAUGGAGCUCUGGUUGUGAACGGCAAGAAGAUUGCUGUCUUCAAUGAAAUGAAGCCAGAGAACAUUCCAUGGGGCAAGGCCGGUGCUGAGUACAUUGUGGAGUCCACUGGCGUGUUCACCACCAUUGAGAAGGCCUCUGCUCACUUCACUGGUGGAGCCAAGAAGGUGAUCAUCUCUGCUCCCUCUGCUGAUGCACCCAUGUUCGUGUGUGGUGUCAACCUUGAGAAGUACUCCAAGGACAUGAAUGUUGUCUCCAAUGCCUCCUGCACCACCAACUGCCUGGCUCCCGUUGCCAAGGUGCUGCACGACAACUUUGAGAUUGUCCAGGGCCUCAUGACCACCGUGCAUGCUGUUACUGCCACCCAGAAGACUGUGGAUGGCCCCUCUGCCAAGGACUGGCGUGGUGGCCGUGGCGCUGCCCAAAACAUCAUCCCAUCCUCCACUGGUGCUGCCAAGGCUGUCGGCAAGGUCAUCCCUGAGCUGAAUGGCAAGCUGACUGGCAUGGCCUUCCGCGUGCCCACCCCUGAUGUGUCCGUUGUGGACUUGACUGUUAUCCUUGGCAAGGAGUGCACCUAUGAUGACAUCAAGGCUGCCAUGAAGGCUGCCUCUGAGGGUCCUCUCAAGGGAAUCUUGGGCUACACUGAAGAUGAUGUUGUCUCUUGCGAUUUCACUGGGGAUGAGAGGUCCUCCAUCUUUGACGCCAAGGCUGGUAUCCAGCUAAGCAAGACAUUUGCUAAGGUCGUCUCCUGGUAUGACAACGAGUUUGGCUACUCCAACCGUGUCAUUGACCUCAUCAAACACAUGCAGAAGGUUGAUGCCUAAACUGCUGUGAACAAGGCCUGCACUGGUGAAGAACUGGAGGAUGACGGUGGCAUGAAUUGCGGCUUAGCUGGAACUCUAUUUGAAGCUUGUUAGAUGUGAACUAUGUAAAGAGCUUUGUAAAUUCAGUUCUGCUAAAGCAUACCAUCUUAAUAAAAUGGAGGUCCAGAUGCUCCUGCCAUCUUGGUUAUGGGAGUGGGAGGAGCAUUUGAGACAGCUGUAUGUGCGUGUGAAUGUAUAUUGAAUGAUUACGGUGUGGUAGAGGUGAUUGUUCCUCUUGGUAUCACUUGGUUGAGUCUGGCUAGUCUGAACUGGGUAAAAUUUUUGUUCGUCUUAAAAGUGAUGUUAUGUUGGCUGUAAAGUGAAAUAUUGGCCAAUAAAUAAAUCUGUUAACAA